AUGAAGAGCCUACUCCUGACUGUCAUACUUUUCAGUCUAGUGGCGAUUCUACAAAGCCAUGAUGAUCUUCGCUUCCUCUCAGAAGAAGAGAAACUUUCAGGUGUCUGGUUCAUAAAGGCCACAGUGAAUCAAAGGAGAAAGGAGGAGGAGAAAACUCUGGUUGUAUUCCCUAUUAGGUUGACAUGCCCAGAAGAAGGAACCUUGGAGCUCAGGCACACUCUUUUAUCUGAGGGAGAAUGCAUUAAGCUAGGAGUUCGUAUGCAGAGAACAGAGGAGCCUGGUCAAUACAGUUCCUUUUUGGGCCAUAAUCUCUUCUACAUCUAUGAGGUUCCAGUGAAGGACCACUACAUCAUAUACACUGAAAGCCAUCCAUUUCGGAAAAUAUCCCAAACGGGACACCUCAUAGGAAAGUAUCCAGAAGAAAAACUGGAGGCCUUGGAAGUAUUUAAGGAAUUCAUACAGCACAAAGGAUUUCUCCAAGAAAACAUCAUUGUGCCUGAGCAGAGAGAACGGUGUAUUCCCAUACAUGACAGUGGUAAGUAA